CACUUUAAUUCCCGUUUUGAAGAGAGCCGAGCGGGCGCGUCUGCGAAGAGAAGAUGCGUUCUUCGUAGCGCCGCGACCGAAAUCAGCAUGCGAGCUGCGCAGGAUCGAAUGGAUGCCUUGUUUCGCGACACACCUGACCAACAAGCCGUGAUCCGGAUCAGCGCCGUGCGUCGUCCUUCCUGGUGAAUGUGUGGUGCGUGCUCCGACGUCCGCUGAGUUUGUCGCUCGGGUGAACACCUCCCUGUGCUCGCGCGUGCGUCCUUUCGAAGAGGCGAAGCGGCCCGCCGGAUCCGGCCGUCAUGGGUAUCGGCGCCAGUACCCCGCGCAAGGAUCCGCCCAGAACGACCAUGCCCAAACUUCACACUGUGGAUAACCCAAAGUUGCCCAUGCCCGAACAGCCGGAGCUGGAACUACGUUUCGCCAAAGUACUGAACUCCAUGGACCUUCCUCCGGACAAAGCAAAACUGCUGAAACAAUAUGAUGAUGAGAAAAAGUGGGAUAUAAUCUGCGAUCAAGAAAAAGUGAUCGCAAAAGCCUCCCCCUCCUUUUAUUUACGUAAAUUAAAGACCUACCUUGACCCCCGAGCUUCCAGGAGUGCCAAGGUAAAUAAUCAAAUGGUGUAUGAUGCCGUUUCGACAUUAUUGUUACCAAUACAGAGACGUCGAACCCUUGGUGAUUCUAAGUCUACCCAAGUCCUAAGGGACUUGGAAAUUUCGUUGAGAACAAAUAACAUUGAAUGGGUCAGAGAGUUCCUCGAUGAGGAAAACAAAGGACUGGAAGUGCUUAUUGACUAUCUCACUUUUCAGUUAGGGUUCUUGAGAUAUGACAAAGAGAGCUUAACACUGGGUUCCACUGAGAAUGGUUACGCAAGCCCAGCAAACUGUCGAAAGUCCAUCUUAGAGAUGGACACGCCCAAACUAAAACGGGCAACAAAACAUGCUGCCAAGUUGCACAUGGGAGAGGCAGAGGACGACAUCCACGUGUGUAUCAUGUGUCUCAGGGCAAUCAUGAACAACAAGUUUGGCUUCAACAUGGUCAUUGAACACACCCAAGCAAUAAACUCCAUAGCCUUAAGCCUCAACCACAAAAGUCUAAGGACGAAAGCCCUGGUGCUGGAGCUCUUGGCUGCCAUCUGCCUCGUUAAAGGUGGCCACCAAAUCAUCCUUAGCGCCUUUGACAAUUUCAAGACGGUCUGCAGUGAGCCAAGACGGUUCAAGACACUGAUGGACUACUUCCGGGACUACGAGACAUUCAACAUUGAUUUCAUGGUGGCCUGCAUGCAGUUCAUCAACAUUGUGGUGCACUCCGUGGAUGACAUGAACUUCCGAGUGCACCUUCAGUACGAAUUCACCUUCCUCGGGCUGGACGACUACUUGGAGCGACUGCGGUCGACCGAGAGCGAGGAGCUGAAGGUCCAGAUCUCGGCCUACUUGGACAACGUCUUUGAUGUCCAGGCUCUUAUGGAGGACUCGGAGACCAAGAGUGCUGCACUUGAGCAGGUUGCAGAACUGGAAGAGCAGAUCUCAAGGUCACACGAACUUGAAAAUGAAACGAUGGCCAAACUGGUGGAGCUGGAGACGCAACUAGAACUGCUGUACAAGGAGAACCAAGAGCUUUCAGAAUUCCGGCAGCAGGCAGACGAAGAGUUGAACACGCUGCGGAAGGCCGUCUCUCAGAAGGAGGAGGAGAAACGACAGCGGGAGAGUUUCCUCGAGGGCAAGAUUCAGGAGCUGGAGAGCCUGACUGGGACGUUACCCAAAGGUUCCACGACAAGCUCGCUCCCGGGCGCGCCUGCAUCCGGGGCCAGCUCUGCUCCUGCCCCUCCCCCUCCUCCAAUGCCCGCAAGUGCUCCUCCCCCUCCUCCUCCCCCUCCGCCCAUGCCGGGCUGCAACGCCAUUCCCGUGCCACCCCCGAUGGUGCCCUCCCUCAAGGGAGGGUUUGUGAUGCCACCCCCACCUCCAGGAAGCAUGCUCGCUCCACCCGACGCAAUGACAAUCAAGCGCAAGUUCCAGACGAAAUACAAGCUCCCGACCCUCAACUGGAUUGCCCUGAAACCCAACCAAGUUCGAGGAACUGUGUUCAGCGAGUUGGACGAGGACAAGUUGUACAGUGUCAUUGACUUCACACGCUUUGAAGAGCAGUUCAAGUUGGGCGUCCAGGGUGCCUUCCCAGAUAGGGGAGACGACAUCAACAGCAGCAAACGUUUCAAGGUCCCCGAGAAAGUGACGCUGCUCGAGCACAACCGCCUGCGGAACAUGGCCAUCUCGAGGCGAAAGAUUGAGCUGGCCACCGACGUGGUGGUGAAGGCAGUCAACAACCUCGAUCUCAAGACUGUCUCCCAGGACUGCGUCGACAUCCUCCUCAGGAUGGUUCCCAAUGACGCUGAGACAAAGGCCUACCGUGAGUAUGAGAGGGAGAAGAAGUCUGUGGAUGCCUUGACAGACGAGGACAAGUUUUUACUUCAGCUGACCAAGAUUGAAAGGCUAUCACAGAAGCUCAACAUCAUGAGCUACAUUGCUGCAUUUGCGGAAAACAUUCAAGUCAUUACGCCGCAAGUUCAUGCAAUAACAGCAGCAUCAAGAGCAAUCAAAAACUCAAAGCGACUUCGAAAGCUCCUUGAGGUCAUCCUUGCGUUCGGAAACUACAUGAACAGCUCCAAAAGGGGUCCUGCCUACGGGUUCAAGCUUCAGAGUCUUGACAUGUUGGCAGACACGAAAACGGCAGACAGGAAGAUCUCCCUGCUGCACUACAUCGUGGAGACAGUGAAUACAAAGUUUCCCGACCUCAUGACGUUCGACCAGGAACUGAGAUUUGUUGAACGAGCAUGCUCAGUGACGCUCGAGAACAUCCUGACGGACAGCCAUGAGUUGGAGAAAGGCAUGGAGUUGUGCAAGCGGGAACUUGCUCUGCGCAAGGACUCCAAGGACGCAGCCGUGCUCCAGGAUUUCCUCAGCCAGUCUGAGGACAAGCUCAAGAGGCUUCAGCAGGACAUCAAGACUGCCCAGGAGAGCUACGCAGACUGUGUAGAGUACUUUGGAGAAAGUGCGCGGAGCGUUGCUACGAACACCUUCUUUGCUAUGUUUGUUCGCUUCAUCAAAGCAUUCAAGCAAGCUGAACAGGAGAACGAAACUAGGAGGAAGAUGGAAGUAGCCGCUAAGGAAGCGCUCAAGAAGCCCCAAGAGUCAAUACAAAAGAAGAAUAUCCUCAACUCGAAGAAGAAUUCCCAGGAUGCUGUGAUAAAUGAGCUGAAAAACAAAACUCGAUUGGUGAAUGAGAAGCGCCUGUUAAAGCAGGACGAGGUCUAUAACGGAGCACUUGAGGACAUACUUCUGGGUCUCAAAAACGAACCUUAUCGGCGAGCGGACGCGGUCCGCAGGAGUCAGCGUCGCAAGCAGGAAAAUGUGCGGCUCUCCCGCACCAUGGAAGAAAUGGACCUGUAGCGUGAAACACUGCAGGACCGGGGUGCGUGCCUUCUCAGGGCCAGUGUCGUGCCGCAAUGCUAGUGCCUUCAAAAGCUUUCCCCUCGGCCUCCCAUUUGCAAUGCUGCCACCGGCGAAGCCUUUGCUACGACUGUACAGUCUGUGUUGCUGCACUCCAGGCCAAAUGCUGUUACUGUACAUACAAGCAGUUACCCCGAGGAUGUGACUCUACAUACGCUCGGCGUGAACCCGUAACGCCGACCUGAGCACCAUGCAAACGGUCAAGUUCCAAGAGUGAACAAACUAAAUGUUUUGCUGUUAUGAUUUUUGCCUAGUUGCGCUCGAGUUCCGCGACAUGUUGUCGCGGUAGCUGGGUCAGUUCGGAUACCUGUGCUGGAAUGUUGUACAUCGGUAGAGAGUUUAGGGUCAGCUGACAUGGCAUUCUCGUGUAGCGUUUUUAAAUGUGACUGUCCACGUCCAUCGGUUUGGUGUGUGCUGCUUUGAGCGGCCGCAAGUGCUUACUCUGCUGCACUGGAAGUGCAACGGCCUGCGGAACGAUUUGGAUACUGUCCUUUUGUUUGCACUUCUGGUCAUAAAGAAUCCUACGUGUUAGAGCUUUCUUGGUCGUCACUUUCCAAUGUAUUUCAACAGGUGAAAAGCACCUGCCUAUUACUUGUUUGGCGUGCUGUCAGUCUAGCACUUUUGUUGACGGUGUAUUGUAAGCUAUCUGUUAUGUGACAAAUAAUUUGCAAUAAUAUAUGUAUAAAUGCGAGUUUUAUUUCAGUCUUUUAGCUUUUGAUCAGCACUCCCAUAAGUAAAUGUGUGUCCACUUCAGUCCCAUCUGAGAUAAGACAGAGUGGUAGUUUUUGUAAUUUUCUUAAGAAAAUUCAGGAGCAAAUGUGUCGAUGAAUCAAGAAAAUGUCUUUUUGCUUGCGAUGGCUCAGUGCAGUCACUAAUUUGAAACUCGGUGGGUCCACUUUCAGCGUCUCAGUCAUUGUACUGCUUGUGACAUUUAUGAAAUUUGGAAUAAAGUCUCGAAGAUGUU